CAGGGCUUCGUCUCCCCUCCGUCACCUUACCUCCACUCUAUCUGCACGCUCCAAAGAGGUUCCGCCAACACACCUCUUCUCUUCUCCCACGCGUCCCCCAAUCCUCCUCUCCGCUCCCUCCCACCUACCCUUGCUCUCUCCCCCUCUUACCUACCUGUCCGCUAUCCCGCACCGACCACCUCCCCCGCCACUUCCGUAGUCGCCACCUCGAGACAUCCGACUCGUCCUCCCCUCCCCCUCCGCCGCAGCACAUCCAGCUCUCCUCUCUGUCUCCGCGACCCACCUUCUUCUCUCCCCUUCCCUAGGCCAUCCCCACAACAUGUCCUCAGAAGAGCCCCAACCCGGCCCCGGUCAGGAUGCUAGCCGCGUCGCCGACCAGCUGGACCGCCUCAACAUGGACGGCGAGGGCGAAGUAGUCCCGCGCACCGAAGAGGAGUACGCCGAGUCGCAGCUCACCCUCCGAGCCAUUGUUUCGUCCAAGGAGGCUGGAGUCAUCAUAGGCAAGGCGGGCAAGAAUGUCGCUGACCUGCGCGACGAGACUGGUGUGCGCGCCGGCGUCAGCAAGGUUGUCCAAGGUGUCCACGACCGCGUCCUCUCCGUUACCGGCAGCCUCUCUGGUAUCUCCAAGGCGUAUGGCCUAGUCGCCAAAGGCCUGCUCGAGGGCGCCCCUGCUAUGGGCAUGGGCGGCGUUAUCCGCACCGACGGCACUCAUCCUGGUACCAAGCUAACUUCUGCAGCCAUCCGCCUGCUCAUCUCGCACAACCAAAUGGGCACCAUCAUUGGUCGCCAGGGCCUGAAGAUCAAGCAGAUCCAAGAUGCCUCCGGCGUGCGCAUGGUCGCACAGAAGGAAAUGCUUCCCCAGUCCACCGAGCGUAUCGUCGAAGUCCAGGGCUCGCCCGCCGGCAUCGAGAAGGCUAUCUGGGAGAUUGGCAAGUGCCUCAUCGACGACCACGAGCGCGGCUACGGCACUGUCCUCUACAACCCCGCCGUCAGGGUUCAGCCUGGUGCUGGUCCGGCCCCACUGUCCAACGGCGGUGGCGCACCCGCCGGUGGUAUGGGCGGACGCUCGUACAACCGCACUGGUCACGGCGCUGAUUUUAGUGACUCGCCUCCUGCCUUUUCUCGACGGUCUGGCUCCGAUGCCGCCAGCAGGCCCCCGCCCCCAACGCACACCGAGGAUGGCGAAGAGAUGCAGACCCAGAACAUCAGCAUCCCGUCUGACAUGGUCGGCUGUAUCAUCGGUCGCGGCGGUAGCAAGAUCAGCGAGAUCCGCAAGACGUCCAACGCCCGUAUCUCCAUCGCCAAGGCACCUCAUGAUGAUACCGGCGAGCGCAUGUUCACCAUCACUGGUAGUGCCAGUGCUAACGAGAAGGCGCUCUAUCUGCUGUACGAGAAUUUGGAGGCCGAGAAGAUGCGCCGCAGUCAGGCCCAGGAGUAG